CACCUGAUGAUACUCAAAUGUGUAUUAAGAAUUUUGUGCUUCUUAUUAUUUAGAAGCAUCAUGAAAUUGUUUCCACGACUCCACUAAAAGUGACGGUGGCGUCUCAUUUUGUUGAAGUAGAAAGUUGAAGCCGUCAUUAGCCGUGACUUGAUGAAUGAAGAAGAAUCUGGUGAGCUAGCACAGGUGGCGGAAAAUAAAGAUUACGACCCAAUGCAUGAACCCAAUCUGUAGACGGGUCGCCUGUCUAUGUUAAGCCGCGUAUUUGCAACUGGGAAACUGCCAAUUGGGUUUAGUUUUUUCAGUUCUGUCGUGUAAUAAUAUAACUUUAAAUUGACAACCCAUAUUCAUUUCCUCUCCCCUUCCAUUUCUCCACCUUGGUUUCUGAACCAGACCAAAAGCUGACAUUUUUAUUUUAUUAUAUCUAUUAAUUCAAAAAGUAUCGCUGCACGUUGCAUUAUUACGUGCAAAUGCAUAUCUAUCUUAUCGGAGCUACCCAGUAACACAAACAGAAUCUCCCGAUCCAAUCACUUCGGCCUUGGUUGUUUUGAUUCUCUUUGUUUCUUAAUGAAUAUGAUGAAUGCUAUGGAGACUAAAACCGUGGGUUCUAGUAGCAGUGUUGAUGGUGGUACCAACCACCGGAGGCGACGUCGAACGGCUGGAAAACAGCCGCCAAGUCGCCAGAAUUCUUUCAGCCAGGAUAUUGGCCACGCUGCUGCUGAGACUUAUCUUAUCACUCGCCUUAGCUUCACUCUUCUUCGAUAUCUUGGGGUAGGUUACCGAUGGAUCAAUAGAUUGUUUGCCCUCGCUUGUUAUGCUAUUUUACUAAUGCCCGGGUUUCUUCAAGUUGCCUAUCAUUAUUUUUUUUCAAGCCAAGUCCAACGGAGUGUCAUUUAUGGAGAUCAACCAAGAAAUAGGUUGGACCUAUUUUUACCAACAAAUAGUGAUGGACAAAAGCCAGUUGUGGUGUUCGUAACUGGUGGGGCAUGGAUCAUUGGUUACAAAGCAUGGGGUUCGCUUCUGGGGAGGCAGUUAGCAGAGAGAAAUAUCAUAGUUGCAUGCAUUGAUUACAGAAAUUUUCCCCAGGGAACUAUCAGUGACAUGGUGAACGAUGUUUCUAAUGGGAUCUCAUUUGUCUACAACAACAUUGAUGAUUAUGGAGGUGAUCCUAAGAGGAUUUAUCUAAUGGGGCAAUCAGCUGGUGCACAUAUUUCUUCUUGUGUUCUCUUAGAACAAGCAAUUAAAGAAUCUACGGGAGAGAGCACCUCGUGGAGUGUUUCCCAGUUAAAAGCUUAUUUUGGUUUAUCUGGAGGGUACAAUUUGUUUAAUUUAGUAGAUCACUUCCACAGUCGCGGUCUCUAUCGUUCCAUUUUUUUAAGCAUCAUGGAAGGAAAAGAGUCCUUCAAACAAUUUUCUCCUGAAGUUAGAGUAAAGGAUCCGAGAAUUAGAGAUGCUAUUUCUCUUCUACCUCCUAUAAUACUUUUUCAUGGAACCUCAGAUCAGUCUAUACCAUCCGAUGCCAGUAAAGCUUUUGUGGAUGCUCUUCAAGGGGUGGGAGCCAAAGCUGAGCUAAUUUUGUACAAAGGGAAAACUCAUACAGAUUUGUUUCUGCAAGAUCCUCUUAGAGGUGGUAAAGAUGAUCUAUUCGACCAUAUUGUUUCUGUGAUACAUGCCGAGGAUAAGGAAGCUCUUGCCAAUGAUGCCAUGGCACCUCCAAGGAAACGUCUUGUUCCUGAAAUUUUGUUAAGAAUUGCCAGCCAUAUCAGCCCCUUUUAAGCCUCAUACUUCUCAAGGUCAAUCACCAUUCCAGGCAGUGUUUCCAAGACCAAUUCCUGCACCUUCAUCUUUUAUUGAUUACUAGGCUAAUUAAUUUCUUCCAUUCGGUAGUAUCAUUUUGAGAGAUAAUAGGUUUACCAAGUCCUUUACAACCAUGGUGGAAAAAUGAGAAAUUGUUGUAGCUUAUCCAGCUUUAGCAGAUCUACCCACAAGCCAAGAUAGACUUUCCUGAAUGAAGGAAGCUCACCUUCAACCUUCCCUUUGUAAUACAUGAAACAUUUCUUAAUUUAUUGUUCCAGGCUUUAAGAAGAACUUGUUUUGAGGAAA